AUGCACUGUGAUGAAAGUGUUGAGACUUGGCAGGAUCAGAAUGAACGAUUGGAAUGUUUACUGUGUUCUGCUUCCGAACAAAGCUCGCAGAACGAGCGGAAGUACGAAACGAUGCUCACUGCUUUCCUGUUAUUUUCUGCUGCUACAGUGGUGGUUCUGAGCGAUAGCGAUGUCGAGAGCGCGAUGCACGAAGUGACCACCACCAAGGUUUGUUACCGCUUUACUGUUUGA